AUGGUUGGCAUGCUCACCACUGGGCUCAGGACCGCCUCUCUUCGGACGUCGGCGAUCCGGCCCCUCGCCAUUGCGCGACUGCACACGACGCCGCAGGCCGCAGACGCACGGCCCGUUCCCAUCACCCAGAUUGCCAACCGCGGCAGCAACCAGGAAUCGCUUGAGACGCCGCGCAACGGCGCUGAGUACGUCCUCUCGACGCUCGACAAGGUCGUCAACUGGGCGCGGCAAGGCUCGUUCUGGCCCAUGACUUUCGGUCUCGCGUGCUGUGCCGUCGAGAUGAUGCACGUCGCCGCUGCGCGUUACGACCAGGACCGUCUCGGUGUCGUGUUCCGAGCCUCGCCCCGUCAGUCAGACAUUAUGAUUGUCGCAGGCACCCUCACCAACAAGAUGGCCCCCGCCCUCCGUAAGGUCUACGACCAGAUGCCCGAGCCGCGCUGGGUCAUUUCGAUGGGCUCGUGCGCCAACGGCGGAGGAUACUACCACUACUCGUACUCGGUCGUCCGUGGGUGCGACCGCAUCGUCCCCGUCGACAUCUACGUGCCCGGAUGCCCCCCAACGGCCGAGGCGCUCCUGUACGGCUUCCUCCAGCUCCAGCGCAAGAUGCGUCGCUCGCGCACCGCUGUCCGCUGGUACCGCAGCUAG